CACGCUCGGGGCUGGCAGUACAGCUCGGCUCACUCGCUCGCUCGCGCACACAAGGCACUCACCACCAUACCUUCCGCCUAACAUGCCCGUCACGCGCGCUGCGAGUACCGGUGCGCCCGCCAAGCGCGUCUCGCCUCGACGGCGCGGAGCAGCGGCUGCAACAGACCACCAUGCGACCUUCACCUCUCCUGCUUCAACGAAAACGAGGGGCAGCAGCAGGGCCAGCAGUGGCAAGGCACUCAAGAGCGGCACCCCCGCGUCGGCAACCAUGCACCGCAAGCCCACCACAGCUACGACCACCGCAAGCGCCACCCUCAGCUCUGACACGCCCUCGAAACACGCUUCCCCUCCCACCAUUGCUCCUUCAGCCAGUGCACUCUCGUACGCGUGCAAGUUCACCGCACCGAUUGUCGAAGAUUCUGAGCCCGAGGAUGUGGAUGAGCACAAGGAUGGCCAAGUAACCCGUGCAGUCUCAGACCGCGUACGAAACAGCGACGCGGGUAGCAUAGGCGUCUCCUCCGCCGGUGAAGCCGGCGACGAUAGCAACCGGCACAACUCAAACCUGCAGCAGCCCAAGGCCGAAAAGCAGCACAGCCACCACCACUACCACCACGACUGGGAGGCGAACAAGGAGAACAUUGCACCUCAGCGACGCGCGUUGAGCCGCUCUGACCGUGAACGCGAGGCGAGCACACAGCAGGCUGAAGGCGUUGCGCGCAGGACGCGCAGCAGCCAGCAGCAGCAUCACCAUCAGCUUGACGGUGAAUCACAUUCCACCGCCGCGACCGGCACCGCCAUCACAGUUAACAUGACGGAUGCUCCCGAGGACGAUGAUGCACGGAGCACCGUUUCCUCGCUGACCGCACGUCGGACGCGGUCGCAAUACGAGGCAGAUCGUGAUCACGACUUCAGCGACACCGCUUCCAUCGUUUCUUGCUCCACGUCCACGACGGCCACAAUGACGACGCGUAGCACAAGGAGAGUAGUCAAGCUUCCGGCGUCCUCGGCACCGACGAUCAACUUCCGCCAUACCGUCUUGUCGUCUUCUUCUUCUUCAUCGGCGUCCGACACGACCACCGCAAUGAUGGCGACGCGUAAACGCAGGCGCGACGCGCCCGAGAGCAGCGGCAGCAAAGCCAGUUCAUCCGACAACGGCGCGGGCAGCGUCAAUUUGGCGCCUAGCUCGCGUGUGCGCGUCGCAAUGGCACGCUCCAUCUCUAACAACAGCUCUGUUUCAACGUCCUCGCCUUCCUCGUCCUCUUCCGCCUCCUCCUGCUCUUCGAGUGCCAACGUCCUCGCCACGCCGCAGGCCAGCAAGAGGAGCAGUGGCCGUCUCGGAUCGGCUGGCGUUACCGCAAAUGGCAGCACGCGCAGAAGCAGCAAGACGAGCCGUGUCAGCACCCUGUCGCCCCUCGGCUUCCAUUCUCGUGCCAGCUCUCUCGUGCCAGCCUCGAUGGCCACGUCCUCCGACGGCGACAUGGUCUGCAACAAUAACAAUGAUAAUAAUGACGAAGAUAAUGACAAUGACGAUGCGAGCAGCAGCUGCUGCUGCUUCUCCUCGCAAGCUUCCGCCAUCACGUCCGUCAGCUCGCUGUUCGAGAGCCAGCUGUCGCGCGGUAGCGCCGCGACGCUCAUGACGGCGCCGUCCAGCCUUGCCAGCUCGCCUGCUCGUCGUCACCAUCAUCAUCACCACCACCAGCAUGUGCUGGCUUCUCCCAUCUCGAGCGCCGAGAUGGGUGUGGGCGUCGAAGCACACGAGUCCGUCAUGGAUGCAGACACAGACAUCGACAUGGACGCAUGCACGACGGUCGAUCUCGAUGGAUUUCACAUUGGCGGCGGAACCCAGCAAGCAGCAUCAGGUGACGACUACACAUCAUCGGCGCUGCCAGCCUCGGCCGCGGCCGUAGUCUGUGCGCCGAAACAGCACACGAACGUCUACGCACAUGCGCGCACGCUGCUGCGCUACGCUACGAUGCAGGACGGGAACGAGACGCUGCUCCCACAGGCACAAGCGCUGUCGCAGGACCAGGAUGCUUUUGGCGGUUGCGUGGGUUCGAGGCUGCCCUUCGGCAAGACGGGCGCGACGACGCAGAUCGUCGGGCGGCAGCGUGAACGAGCGCAAGUCGCUGCUUUCCUCGCCGACCGUUUUCCGCAGCUGGACACUUCCACCUUGCAAGUACCCGGCGUUGCGGCACCCCCGGCUGUGUGCUCGCAGAGUGUCGCCGCUCUGUCUGCAUCCAACAAGGUGGCCGCCGACACGGCUGUCGCUGUGGUGAAGCGACACGCCAACGGCGCGCUGUACAUCUGCGGCACGCCUGGAACCGGCAAGACGGCGCUGCUGAAGGACAUGCUCGCUUCGCUCAAGAGCGUCAACGAUGGCGGCGAGGACGAGAAGAGGCUCAACGUUGCAUACAUCAACUGCGUCGCCGUUUCGCAGCCCAAAGAUAUCUUCCGCAAGCUCCUCGCUGCGCUCGGCCACGGUCAGACGCAAGACAAGGAUGCCGGCGAUGACGUGCAGCAAGAGCAGGAGCAGCAGGAAACCGAUAGCGGAGAUGAGGAGCAGCGACUUGCUGCUAUGCUUCGGAGCCCUGCUACUAAUUCUAUUGUGGUACUUGAUGAGAUCGACAGCCUGUUGGAGAGCAGUGUCCACCAGAGCAUCCUCUACCGUAUAUUCAUGCUCGCCAGCGCUGGCGCUGUGACAUCGCAACAGCGAAACUGCAACGCGACCGCCAUCAUUGGAAUCGCCAACUCUCUCGACCUAACGGACAAAUUUCUGCCCCUCCUCGCGAGCCAAGGCCGCUCACCCGCACUAGUCAACUUCCAGCCGUUCGGAACGGACGAGAUCAUCGCGAUCGUCAAGGCCCGUCUUGAGGCGCUGCAUCCCCGCUAUGACCUCGACUACCUGCCCGGCUUCGUGCAACAGCAGAUGAACAUAGACAUGGACGCGGACUCAGCCUUUGGUGUGUCCCCCCUCGAUCCUGCGGCGGCCACAACGUCUGCGUCUGCCUCGGCCACUGCUACGAACGACGACAUCCCGAUCCUGAUGCCUGCGGCGCUCAAGCUUGCCGCGAUGAAGGUCGCUGCUGUCACAGGCGACAUCCGCAAAGCGCUCGACGUCUGCCGGCUAGCCAUCGAGCUGGUCGAGAUGGAGCAGCGCGCCAAGGCCGUACAAGCAGUCGCUGCAGAGUGCUCUGGCGCCGCCGCAAACGGUACCAACGGCAUCAGCAGCAACGUGCCAACUGACAGUCCCCAGCGUCUGCUCGCCGCCUGGACGCCAUUGUCAGCGCCCAAGGUAACACCGCAACACGUGCUCAAGGUGCUCUCCUCCGUCAUUGGCUCGACGAGCCUCAACAGGAUCCGCACGCUGCCGCUGCACGCGAAGCUCUUGCUCGCUGCACACUACAUUGCCUUGCAGCGCCUGCAUUCGGGCCUGUCAGAGUGCAGCAGCGCCAACGCCCGCAGCAGCAGCGGUGUGAGUGUCAUCGAAUUGCAGGAGAAUUACGAGCGCAUGCUCCACCAUGAUGGCGCCUUCUCAGCGCUCGAGCCGUCCGAGGUGCUCGACGUGCUCGAAUCGAUGGAGACGCAAGGCCUCGUCGAGCUCAGCGGUCCGGUCGGUGCUCGCGGCACUGGCGCAGGCGGUAGGUCCAUCUCGCAAGCCGCCAAGCGCUGCGGCAAGAGGCAGCUGCUCACCGGUCACCGCAUUGUAUACGUACGCAUCGCCACGCAGGACGUGAAAAAGGCGCUGACGACGGCUGCACCAGCCUCCUCGAGCGCAGAGCACAGCACCUCUGCAGCUGCUACCGAGGCGCUCAAGCGGAUCUUGGGCAGCGAAGAGCUGCGCAUCGCGCGCUGCAAAGGAUGGGAAGAGGUCGCGCGACAACAAGAAGAGGUGCGCGCCAACGAGCUUGGUGGUGGACGCAUGGCGCACGCGCAGGGCCUGUGAAUGUUGCCAUGUGGUGGUGGUGGAUGCCCUGAUGUCCAAUUUCUUAUUCACAGCUCUUCCCUUCUCAAUUUUAUGCUAUUU